AUGAAGACAGGUCUUGAAUUCGCCGCGACCGCAAUUGCCGCCAUAGGCUUCCUGGCCUCCUCGGUCACUGCGGACGUUGACCCCAUCGUCAUCAAGGGCUCCAAAUUCUUCUACCAGAGCAAUGGCACACAGUUCUUCAUGAAGGGUGUUGCAUACCAGCAGGAUGUCUCAACAAACACUACAGUCACGGAGAGCGUCGAGUAUAGAGAUCCUCUCGCCAAUGAGGCAAAUUGCCGCAGAGAUAUUCCGUUCCUGCAGGAGCUCCAAACAAACACCAUUCGUGUAUACGCCAUUGACCCGGCACAGAAUCACGACGCCUGUAUGCAGCUACUUCAAGAUGCCGGCAUCUACGUCGUAGCGGAUCUUUCGCAGCCGGGCUUAUCUAUCAACCGUGACGACCCUGCCUGGAACGAUGACCUAUACGCGCGCUACACACAAGUGGUGGACGUGCUGGCGGACUACACCAACACACUUGGAUUUUUCGCCGGCAAUGAAGUCUCCAACCAGCCCAAUAAUACCGCUGCAAGCGCGUUUGUCAAGGCUGCGGUUCGCGACACCAAAGCCUACAUUGCGCAAAAAGGCUACCGGAAGAUUGGUGUUGGCUAUGCGACUAAUGACGAUGCUAUAAUCCGCGAGGAUAUGGCUGAUUACUUCAAUUGCGGCAAUACGGAAGAGGCCAUUGACUUCUGGGGCUACAAUAUCUAUUCGUGGUGCGGCAACUCUACAUACAGGGAGUCUGGCUACGAUAGGCAGACAAGCAACUUCGCUUCUUACUCAGUGCCCGUUUUCUUCGCCGAGUAUGGCUGCAACCAAGUCCAGCCUCGUACUUUCACCGACGUUGAGGCUUUGUACAGCGAGCCGAUGACCGACGUGUGGUCUGGUGGUAUCGUCUACAUGUAUUUCCAGGAGGCGAAUGACUACGGUCUUGUAGAAAUCGACGGAAACAAUGUCGAAAGGAACGAGGACUUCACCUAUCUUUCGAGUCAGAUCGCAGCGGCUACGCCUACUGGAGUCGCCAUGAACGACUACAACCCGACCAAUACCGUACCUGCAAACUGCCCAUCGGUGGCCCCUACUUGGGGUGCCGCGUCUUCCCCGCUGCCGCCAACCCCGAACAAGGAGCUUUGCGAAUGCAUGAUGGAUACCUUGACGUGCACAAUCCGGCCUUCAACCAACGAAGACGACUUUGAGGAUCUCUUCGGCACUGUCUGCGGCCUCAGCGAGCAAGCCUGUCAAGGAAUCUACCACAACGGGACGACGGGCGAAUACGGCGCGUACAGCAUGUGCAAUGCUAGGGAGCAACUGGCUUUCGCCUUCAACCAGUACUACCAGGGCCAGCGGAACAACCCAAGCGCUUGUGACUUCGGCGGUGCUGCGGCGACUCAGGCGGCUUCUUCCGCACAGGGCAACUGCGCAGCGCUGAUUAGCCAGGCUGGCACUGCUGGCACAGGCUCCGUCACCUCUGUUCCUAGUGGUGCAGGUGGCUCCAGAAGCUCAACCGCUGCUGCUAGUGCUAUCACUGUCCCAGCCUUCAAUGUCGGUCUGCUUCAACUCGGUGCUUAUAUCCUUGGAGCUACCCUUACCGGCGCGGGCAUGAUUCUUCUAUGA